AUGAAUUCCUCUUUAAAGGGCAUUGAAAACGAAAGCAAUUUUUUCAUCAAGUCAUUCUUCGAGUCGUUGUCAAAUUUUAUUAAAAAUGUUAAAAUCGAAAUAAAGGACGUGUUUGAAUUGCUUAACUAUCCUUGUGUGUAUCAGAACUGCAAGAAAAAAUUCAGCAUCAGCGAAAAUGAGGAUUACAAAAGUACACUAGAAACAAAUGUCAUAAGCAAAAUAGACAAAAAGAACAUAGAAAAUUUUCAACAGUACCAAAAGGAGUUGCAAAAUAUGUUGGAGAAUAUUAAGGGGUUUAAUGACAAGUACAGAAUGGACGUUCCUUUACUUUUUAUCAUCGAGAAUUUAAUAACCCUGCACUUGAUUAAUGAAUACAAAAUAAAUAAUAUUGUGAAGAAGAUUCAGGACCACAACAUUGCUAUGCCUGAGUUGAAGAGCGAUUUGCCAAGUUACUUUGUUCAAACGUUAGAAGUGGAGGAAAGCGAAAAUGAUGGAGAACUGGGACGGAAGUUAAGCGAAACGAGUAACCUAUCCAUUAAUAACAGUAUUGUUAAGGAUUUGCUGGAAACCUCACAUGUUAGAAUUAAUUUGUCUAAAUUGAGAGAACACAAUGAAGAGAAUUAUUUCCACCCGGGGAGACCAGUGUACAGCUCCAGCUACAAUUCCAAGUCAAAUGACCCUUUGACAUUCAAAAAGGAAGAGGAGGGAGCAGGUGUACACACUGUUGGGGAAGAAAACAGCCUUGCGCAUGUGAUGAUGAAGGUCGAUGAAAAGGGCCUCGCACAACAUAGGGAUGCAGAGGAUCCCAGCAAUAUGUCUGUGCGGAAAAAGGAGGAGAAGAAAAGCAUCAUUGAAAAUAUCGGGUUGUCCGAGGAAACGCUCAAGCUGCUUAAUUUACUACCCCAAAAGAGGAAGGCGGAGUGA